GGGAGUGCGGCAUGCGGUGGUAAUUGGGACUUACGAGGUGAGGCCAUGACUGCGGUUGAUAUGUGAGAUAUGUGAUGUGUCUGAUUGAGUGAGGACGAAGAAGAGGUAAGGUGUAGAUGUAAAUGACAAGGAAGAGAAACAGAGAGGAAGAAGGAAAAGUAGAUCAGACGAGUGACAAAGAAGUGUGUAUGUGUACACCGUCCAGACGCCGACGCCGACGCCGACAGCGACGCAACGACGACGACGACGAGACACUCACUCACUCAGCUGCAGUGUCGCUCACACGAUGUCACGCACUUUCUCCACAGGGCUAAAACUUCCAUACGCACUACGGCAACUCAACUCACUGGGCACUUUAUUACCUACAGUACUGCCCAGGUGCUCAUCACUCCCCACACACACACACGCUCUCUCUCACUGUCUCUCUCCACUCCACACACCCGUCCAGCACGACCAACGGGCGGCGAACAAACAAACCAGCGGGGGAUUUCGAUCUCUCCGGGGCAAAACCACACGAUUCAGGUGCAGCAGACUGGAGCUCUCUCUGGAGUCUGGCGUGUCUGGCGUGUCUGGCCUCUCUCUCUCGCCCUCGAUUCCUCAUUGGGGAUGGUGUGGCGAAAACGGGCGGUCGUCCGAAAGCGGGUCUGCAUACGCAAAUUCUGGGGAAAGGCGAAACUCAAUUCAACCGCUGCCACCACACGCUCCGUCCACCGCUGCCCCAGGACCAGCCAGGUGCGUGUGCGUGUGCCCCCAGACACACACACAUCGACAUGGUCACAUAGACAUGCGCCGGACUCGUUCUAGCCGAGGUCCAUUGCGCCGAUUCCACACCCAUUUCCCACAUCCAACAGCCCUGGAGCGCGCCCAUUUACGAGCCUCAAUCGUGAUGAUGUCAGCCGCGACGAUUCGUCCAUCGUGACACUCUCUUCAACGGCACGACCGCCCGAAGAACGACCGUCUGAUAGUCCCGUCGUGGCUUGAAAGGCAGACAGUAAUAACCACCGCCGCCGAGCGCCAUGGGGGAUCUUUGACAUGUGAGACCCAGUCGAUGGCUGCCAUGCCGACUGUACACAUGUCCAUCAGCAGUUGCGCACCUCAGGAGGAUCCACAAGAUCGCUGAGACGGAAUGUCUCACUAUCGGUAACCCUAAGCCUCCAACCUCAGGACC